AUGACCCUCUUCCCCGGCGUCGCCCUAAUCACAGGAGCCGCAUCGGGCAUCGGCCGCGCAACCGCCCUCUCCUUCGCGCGAGAAGGCUGCCGCAAACUCGCCCUCGCAGACCUCAACACCUCCGGGCUGGAAGAAACGGCUAAAGCGAUCCACGAAGCGGCGACGGAUGGCGAUGUCCGCGUCGUGACGAUCGAAACGGAUGUCAGUGAGGAGGGGCAGGUUGAGGGGAUGGUUGAGAGGACGGUAAGGGAGUUGGGGAGGGUGGAUUAUGCUGUUAAUGCUGCUGGAAUCCUCACCACCCCCCACCGCUCCCACGACCUCUCCCCCCGAGAUUUCGACCACAUCAACGCCAUCAACUACCGCGGCUGCUGGCUGUCCUCGCGCGCGGAGAUUGCCCAGAUGCGCCAGCAGGAGCCUCUGGACACGCAUGAUGGCCGGCCGGGGAAUCGAGGCGCGGUGGUGAAUGUCGCGAGUCAGUUGGGGAUUGUGGGGAGGUCGGAGGCUGCGGCAUACUGUGCCUCGAAGGCAGCCGUGAUUAGCAUGACGCGCUGUGAUGCUAUUGAUUACUCCAAGGAUAAUAUUCGUGUUAACUGCAUCUGCCCCGGCGUAAUCGACACCCCGAUGACCCGCCCCAACAUGACCUUCCUCUCGCCCGCCAUCUCCCUCGCACCGCUCAACCGCCCGGGCACCGCGCAGGAGAUCGCCGACGCCGUGCUGUUCCUCGCGAGUCCGAAGGCGUCGUUUGUGCAGGGGGCCGCGAUGGUGGUGGAUGGGGGGUAUACGAUUAAUUAA